AUGGAGAAGGUGAACAUCGAGCCAUGUGUGAAGAUGGACACCCAAACCCUUGAUCUUCUCAAGAUAAGAGAUGAUGUCACAUGGUACAUAAGGAAGCUAGGCUUGAGCAAGCUCUUCAAGCUAGAAUGUAGUGAGUACUCACAACUCACCAAGGAGUUCCUCUCUACAGUAGCUCUUGCCUUUCCCAACCACAAUGGAGACCAACCAGCUGCACAUGACUUCAAGGAGAACUCAAAGAGGAAACAAGCUGCCUUUGCUGAUUGGACACACUUUGCCAAUGAACCAUUCUUGCCUUCAAGGUCAAAGGUGUCUAGAAUCACCCAUCCAGCCAUUCGCUAUGUGCACCGCCUCAUCUCCACCACUUUCCAAUGCAAACAAGAAGCCAACAAGGUCACAACUGAUGAGUUCUACAUCCUCACCACACCAUUCAUCAAGCAUGAGUACAAGGCCAACCUUGGACUUUUACUUGCCAAGACAUUCAUCAAUGUGAGGAAGCUAGCUCAAAGACUUGGAAGGCAACAAGAAGCUUUGUGUUCGUUUUGGGAGGCUUAUCACGGCCAUAGUACUGCAUGUGGGGAUUGA